AAAUUCCUUUUGAAGUUUCGUUUGAUACGGGUUGUUGCAUACGAAUUUUAUAUAUUUUUAAUUUGGAAUUUUAUUAAUAUUUCAUAAAUAAUAAAAUGGUUAAAAAGAAAAUUGACAAUCGUAUACGUGUGAUGAUUGAAAAUGGCGUUAAAUUGGGCCACCGCACAAUGUUCAUUAUUAUCGGCGAUAAGGGAAGAGAUCAAGUGCCCAUACUUUAUGAUAUUCUGACCAAGUCCACAGUAAAAGCCAGACCCAGUGUAUUGUGGUGUUACAAGAAUAAAGACGAGGCCAUAUCCAACCAUGGCAAGAAACGUGCCAAGAAAAUAGCAGCUGGAAAGAUUGAUAUCAACGAUGCUGAUUUAUUUGAUACCUUCCGAGUGUCCACAACCAUACAUGGCCGUUACUAUUCAGAAACCCAUGCCAUAUUGGGCAGAACUUAUGGGGUGUGCGUUUUACAAGAUUUCGAAGCCUUAACACCUAACUUGUUGGCUCGGACUGUGGAAACCGUGGAAGGUGGUGGUCUUAUCAUAUUGCUAUUGAAAACUUUGACUUCACUGAAACAACUUUUCACCAUGAGCAUGGAUGUGCACAAACGCUUUCGUACCGAGGCUCAUCAGACGGUGACAUGUCGCUUCAAUGAGCGUCUCAUACUCUCGCUGGCCGAUUGCAAGCGUUGCCUGGUGGUUAAUGAUGAUCUAACUGUGCUGCCUUUGAGCUCCAAGACGGCCAAUGUUAAUCCGGUUAAUCCUGCAGAUAUUAACAAGUCGGAAAAUAAUGAACUUUUGGUGGAAUUAAAGGAAAGUUUGCGUGAUACCCCACCGGCGGGGCCUUUGGUAAAUUUAUGCAAAACCUACGACCAAGCCAAGGCGGUGGCACAGUUCAUUGAAGCUUUGGCAGAGAAACAACUGAAACCACCCACCUCCUUGACUGCAGCUCGUGGUCGUGGUAAAUCUGCUGCCAUGGGUCUUUCAAUUGCCGCUGCAGUAGCUUUUGGCUAUGUUAACAUUUAUGUAACUUCACCCCAUCCAGAAAAUUUGAUAACCUUAUUUGAAUUUGUUCUCAAAGGUUUCGAUGCCUUGGAAUAUCAGGAACAUACAGAUUAUACCAUAAUAAGAUCCACAAAUCCCGAUUAUAAAAAAGCCAUCAUACGCAUUAAUAUAACACGCUCUAGUCGUCAGACUAUUCAAUAUAUAGCACCCAAUGACACCCAUCUCUUGAAUGCUGCUGAUCUUUUAUUGAUUGACGAAGCAGCUGCCAUACCUUUGCCGUUGGUAAAGAAAAUGAUGGGUCCCUAUUUGAUAUUUAUGGCUUCAACCAUCAAUGGUUAUGAAGGCACUGGCAGGUCGUUGAGCUUGAAGUUGAUAUCACAAUUGCAAAAGGAAAAUGCGGCACCACCACCGAUCAAGCUUGAUGAAUCCAUACGUUACUCUGAGGGAGAUGACAUUGAGAGUUGGUUGAUAAACUUGCUGUGCUUGGAUGCCACCAAUACUGUACCAAAUAUAAGCUCUGGCUGUCCCACACCCGAUGCUUGUGAACUGUAUUACAUAGAUCGUGAUGCCUUGUUUUCAUAUCACAAAGCAGCCGAAUCAUUUUUACAUCGUCUUGUUUCAAUUUAUGUUUCCUCACAUUAUAAGAAUAGCCCCAACGAUUUGCAAAUGAUGAGUGAUGCUCCUGCUCAUCAUUUGUUUUGUCUAUUGGGUCCCAUACAGCGUAAAGAUCAUUUGCCAGAAAUUCUGGUGGUUGUGCAAGUAGCCUUAGAAGGUGAAAUAUCAUCACAAACCAUAACAGAUUCUCUAGGGCGAGGUAAAAAGGCUAGUGGUGAUUUGAUACCAUGGAAUGUAUCCGAGCAGUAUGGUGAUAGGGAAUUCCCCAAAUUGUCUGGUGUGAGAGUGGUGCGCAUUGCCACACAUCCAAACUAUCAAAGGAUGGGCUAUGGCAAGCGUGCUUUGAAGUUAUUGAAGGACUAUUAUGCAGGAAAGUUUACCGAUUUGGAUGAAAACAAUGCCAAUAAUGAGGAUAAUAAUGGCAUCGAAGAGGUUGAAGAUGAAGAUGUGGGCCUUCUUAAGGAACAAAUUCGUCCCAAGCGCAAAAUUCCCACUUUGCUGAAGCGUUUGAGUGAACGAGUACCCGAAAACAUUGAUUAUAUGGGCACUUCAUAUGGGUUAACGCAAGAGCUAUUGAAAUUCUGGAAAAAUCUGGGCUAUGUUCCCGUUUAUCUGAGUCAAAAAGCCAAUGAUUUGACUGGUGAACAUUCAUGCAUUAUGCUACAUACAUUGGAUAAGUCAGGAGCUCCUCAUCAAAAAGUCAAUGCCGAAUGGCUAAGUCUUUAUUUCAAUGAUUUUCGUAGAAGAGCCAUAAAACUUAUGGGCAAAGCCUUUAGAGAGUUCCCUACAAGUUUGGCUCUUUCGCUGCUAGACAACAAAUGGGUUAAAAUACCCCAUGAUGAAUUGAACAAACAAGUAUUGGACAUAUACUUUCUGCCUCACGAUUUACAGCGUUUGGAGUCCUACGCACGCAAUCAAAUUGAAUAUCGUUUGAUAUUAGAUCUUACCAAUGACAUUAGUUAUUUAUAUUUCCAAGGCAAAAUGACUGAUCUACCCAUAGAUACACUGCAGAAAGCUAUACUCUUGGCCAUAGGUGUUCAAGGCAAGACAGUGGAUGGCAUAGCUGGUGAGCUGAAUAUGCCAGGUCAACAAAUUCUAGCCAAAUUCUAUGACUUAAUUAAAAAGGCUUCGAAAUAUUUCUCCAAUGUUGUGGAAGGUCAUAUAGAAAGCACCAUGGUGAGUGAAACACAACUUAAACGAGGUGAGGACUUCGAGCCCAUAGCUUUAUCUCUAAACGAUGAAUUGGAAGAGACUGCAAAACAAAUAAGCAAGAAGCAAAAAGACGAUUUGAAACGUUUAAAAAUGGAAAGUCUUAAGGAGUUUGCCAUCAAAGGCAGUGAUGAGGAUUGGUCCAAGGCUUUAUCCGGCAAAGAGGGUAAAUCGAAAUUGAUAUCUGUUAAAAGCGGUGUCAAACGUUUGGAUGAACCUUUGGAUACCUCAAAAACAGACAAUGGCUCAGAGCCCAAAAAGAAAAAAAUGAAAUUUGGUAAAAAAUCAAAAAAUAAAUCUAUGAUAUAGUUUAUAGUUAUAUUUUGUAUAAGUGUAUGUAUAAAUGGUAUUUUGUAAUACUACAAAUAAAAACGCCCACAAAAAAAAAUCUUAAA